GGGAUCCACUCCCUUACCAAAGAAAAGGUGGCCAUUAAAAUCCUGGACAAGACCAAGUUAGACCAGAAAACCCAGCGGCUGCUCUCCCGUGAAAUCUCCAGCAUGGAGAAACUGCACCACCCCAACAUCAUCCGCCUUUACGAAGUCGUGGAGACCCUGUCCAAGCUCCACUUGGUGAUGGAGUACGCGGGGGGCGGGGAGCUCUUCGGGAAAAUUAGCACCGAAGGGAAGCUCUCGGAACCAGAAAGCAAGUUCAUCUUCUCCCAGAUUGUGUCUGCUGUGAAGCACAUGCACGAAAACCAAAUUAUCCACAGAGACCUGAAAGCAGAAAACGUGUUCUACACCAGCAACACCUGCGUGAAGGUGGGCGAUUUCGGGUUCAGCACAGUGAGUAGAAAAGGGGAGAUGCUGAACACGUUCUGUGGGUCCCCUCCCUACGCUGCGCCCGAACUCUUCCGAGACGAGCACUACGUGGGCGUGUAUGUGGACAUCUGGGCCUUGGGGGUGCUUCUCUACUUCAUGGUGACUGGCACCAUGCCAUUUCGGGCAGAGACCGUGGCCAAGCUGAAGAAAAGCAUCCUCGAGGGCACGUACAACGUGCCUCCCCACAUGUCGGAGCCCUGCCUCCGCCUCAUCCGGGGAGUCCUCCAGCCCAUACCCUCUGAGCGGUACGGGAUUGACUCCAUCAUGAACCAUGAGUGGAUGCAAGGGGUGCCAUACCCCACCCCUCUGGAACCUUUCCAGCUUGACCCCAGACAUUUGUCAGAAACCAGCACCCUCAAAGAGGAAGAAAAUGAGGUCAAAAGCACCUUAGAACAUUUGGGUAUCACAGAAGAGCAUAUUCGGAACAACCAAGGGCGAGAUGCCCGCAGCGCCAUCACCGGGGUCUAUCGCAUCAUUCUGCAUCGGGUCCAAAGGAAGAAGGCUUUGGAGAGUGUCCCAGUAAUGAUACUACCAGACCCUAAAGAACGGGACCUAAAGAAAGGGCCCCGUGUCUACAGAGGCAUAAGACACACAUCCAAAUUGUGCUCAAUUUUAUAAAUUGCGUCAGACUGGUGGUAAUUAACCAAGGUCUUUGUUGCUGCUUUUAAACUUUUUCACGGUCAACUUGGUGGGGACAUUUUUAUAAUUUCUAAAUAAAUUUAAAUUUAAGGUAUACAUUCUUUCCCCCAAAAGAAGUGUAUUAACGCAAAUUAUGGCUUCAUUUACAAUCUCCUCUUGUUCCGAAACGCCAGCUGUGUCUACAAUGGGAGAGCUGCUGUGCAGA